AUUGUAGCUGAGAUAGGCGCCAGCGCCCCCCGCGACCCCGAAAGGGAAUAAGCGGUAGAAAAAUGGAUGGAUGGAUGGAUAUAUAUAUAGACACACACGCGCGCACACACACACACUUGUUCAAUAAUUGUUUUUGCGUGCGAGAUUACCAGGAUAAAAUAUAGAAUUUUUGUGAGUAGGGUUAUUAUUCAAGGCCUACUGAAAUGAGAUGUUCUUAUUUAAACGGGGAUAGCAGCUCCAUUCUAUGUGUCAUACUUCAUCAUUUCGCCAUAUUGCCAUAAUUUUGCUGAAAGGAUUUAGUAGAGAACAUCCACGAUAAAGUUCACAACUUUUGGUCACUAAUAAUAAAGCCUUGCCUGUACAGGAAGUAGCAGACGAUGUGUGCCUGACGUCACGGGUUGUGGAGCUCCUCACAUCUGAACAUUGUUUACAAUCAUGGCCACCAGCAGCUAGGGCGAUUCGGACCGAGAAAGCGACGAUUUCCCCAUUAAUUUGAGCGAGGAUGAAAGUUUUGUGGAUGAGGAUAGUGAGAGUGAAGGAAUAGAAAAUAAAAAUAAAAAGGCGAGGGCAGUGAGAGCGAUUCAGAUGUUAUUAGACACAUUUACUAGGAUAAUUCUGGAAAAUAUCUUAUCUGCUUAUUGUGUUACUAGUGUUUUAGUGAGAUUAUAUGGUACCUGAAAGUAGGAGGGGUGUGGCCACAGGUGUGGUGACUGCCAGUGUCUCUGGUGGGAAGAGGCAAGAGAGUCCACAGCUGCAGGAGGACGCAAGCUCCGCUCAUGUCUACGAUCAUCUUCUCUCUGAGCAACAGGACUGGAGCCUUACGAUGGCGCAGGAGGAGCCACAGUCCUCUCACUUUAGGGAGGGAGAAAAAGCGUUAGAGACACAUUACUUUAAAAAGGAAGAGGAGGACCCACAAAAACCCCAAUCGAAAGAAGAAGAUCCCCAAUUUCAAGAAGAGGAAGAAGAGGACCCACUAACCUCUCACAUUAAAGAGGAAGGGGAGGAACACAGCAUCAGUCAGGAGUACCCAGUGACUGGUGUCUCUGUGAAGAGUGAAGAUGAGGAGGUCAAAGGUGAACGUGAGGAGGAGCCUCCAAGUCAACAUAUGACAAGAGAAGAUGAUGGAGACCACUGUGGAGGACCACCAGCAGACAUCUUCUUAGCUCCACUACCAAGCUCACACUCUGAUGAUGGAGACCACUGUGGAGGACCACCAGCAGACAUCUUAGCUCCACCAUCAAGCUCACACUCUGAUGAUGGAGACCACUGUGGAGGACCACCAGCAGACAUCUUAGCUCCACCAUCAAGCUCACACUCUGAUGAUGGAGACCACUGUGGAGGACCACCAGCAGACAUCUUAGCUCCACCAUCCAGCUCACACUCUGAUGAUGGAGACCACUGUGGAGGACCACCAGCAGACAUCUUCUUAGCUCCACUACCAAGCUCACACUCUGAUGAUGGAGACCACUGUGGAGGACCACCAGCAGACAUCUUAGCUCCACCAUCAAGCUCACACUCUGAUGAUGGAGACCACUGUGGAGUACCACCAGCAGACAUCUUAGCUCCACUAUCAAGCCCACACUCUCCUGACUCCAAUGAUGGAGACUGUAAAGAUGGUCAGACACACUUUAAAUGUUCUCACUGUAACAAAACUUUCAAAUACCCGAGUCUUCUGAAAAAACAUGCAAGAAUGCACACUGGAGAGAAACCUUUUUGCUGCUCAGAAUGUGGUAAAGCUUUUUCAAGGAUGAAUUUGUUGACACUACACAUGACAACGCACUCUGGGGAAACCCCUUUUUUAUGUCCAGUGUGUGGUAAAGGUUGUGCACAAAGGCACAUUUUCAAAGUACACAUGCGAACACACACUGGAGAGAAACCCUUUGUCUGUUCAAUCUGUGGCCAAGGUUUUGUACAGAGUAAUAAUUUGAAAGUACACAUGAGAAUACACACUGGAGAGAAACCUUUUACUUGCUCAGUCUGUGGCAGAGAGUUUGUUAAGAGCCAAAAUUUGAAAAUACACAUGAGAACGCAUUCUGGGGAAAAACCAUACUCCUGUCCAAGCUGCAACAAAUACUUUUGUGAACGAUCCAACCUUGUAAGACACAUGAGGAGACACACAGGAGAGAAAGUGUUUGUUUGCAGUGUGUGUCAGGAAAGGUUCUCUUAUAAGUACCAGCUCAACAAACACCAGUGUGCUGCCGGGGACGACAACAACAACAGCAGCAGCACAAUUUGAAACUGUCAAGACUCUUCAACACGUGUGACAUCAUUGUGUGUGGAACACAAUCUUGUUGAUAUGCAGCCCCAUAUUUUAGAUUAGUGCUUUUUGACAGUUGUAUAUUAAUUUGACAAUUAAUAUGCAACAUUGUGUAUAAUGAACAAAAUAAUUUGACUGAAAAGGUGAGCGUAAACAGUUCAAAACCAAAGUUAAUUUGAUGUGUGUAGAUAUUCAUGAUCCAUCUUAUUUUUAAGCAGUUUUUUCAAUAAAGUGUUACAUAUUUUCA